AAACCGGCCUAAAACACUCUCAAACUAUCUUGAACCUUAUCCAAAUUCCUUACCCUAAUGACAAACCGGCAGAAACCGGCCUAAAACACUCUCAAACUAUCUUGAACCUUAUCCAAAUUCGUAACCCUAAUGACAAACCGGCAGAAACCGGCCUAAAACACUCUCAAACUAUCUUGAACCUUAUCCAAAUUCCUUACCCUAAUGACAAACCGGCAGAAACCGGCCUAAAACACUCUCAAACUAUCUUGAACCUUAUCCAAAUUCGUAACCCUAAUGACAAACCGGCAGAAACCGGCCUAAAACACUCUCAAACUAUCUUGAACCUUAUCCAAAUUCCUUACCCUAAUGACAAACCGGCAGAAACCGGCCUAAAACACUCUCAAACUAUCUUGAACCUUAUCCAAAUUCGUAACCCUAAUGACAAACCGGCAGAAACCGGCCUAAAACACUCUCAAACUAUCUUGAACCUUAUCCAAAUUCCUUACCCUAAUGACAAACCGGCAGAAACCGGCCUAAAACACUCUCAAACUAUCUUGAACCUUAUCCAAAUUCGUAACCCUAAUGACAAACCGGCAGAAACCGGCCUAAAACACUCUCAAACUAUCUUGAACCUUAUCCAAAUUCCUUACCCUAAUGACAAACCGGCAGAAACCGGCCUAAAACACUCUCAAACUAUCUUGAACCUUAUCCAAAUUCGUAACCCUAAUGACAAACCGGCAGAAACCGGCCUAAAACACUCUCAAACUAUCUUGAACCUUAUCCAAAUUCCUUACCCUAAUGACAAACCGGCAGAAACCGGCCUAAAACACUCUCAAACUAUCUUGAACCUUAUCCAAAUUCGUAACCCUAAUGACAAACCGGCAGAAACCGGCCUAAAACACUCUCAAACUAUCUUGAACCUUAUCCAAAUUCCUUACCCUAAUGACAAACCGGCAGAAACCGGCCUAAAACACUCUCAAACUAUCUUGAACCUUAUCCAAAUUCGUAACCCUAAUGACAAACCGGCAGAAACCGGCCUAAAACACUCUCAAACUAUCUUGAACCUUAUCCAAAUUCCUUACCCUAAUGACAAACCGGCAGAAACCGGCCUAAAACACUCUCAAACUAUCUUGAACCUUAUCCAAAUUCGUAACCCUAAUGACAAACCGGCAGAAACCGGCCUAAAACACUCUCAAACUAUCUUGAACCUUAUCCAAAUUCCUUACCCUAAUGACAAACCGGCAGAAACCGGCCUAAAACACUCUCAAACUAUCUUGAACCUUAUCCAAAUUCGUAACCCUAAUGACAAACCGGCAGAAACCGGCCUAAAACACUCUCAAACUAUCUUGAACCUUAUCCAAAUUCCUUACCCUAAUGACAAACCGGCAGAAACCGGCCUAAAACACUCUCAAACUAUCUUGAACCUUAUCCAAAUUCGUAACCCUAAUGACAAACCGGCAGAAACCGGCCUAAAACACUCUCAAACUAUCUUGAACCUUAUCCAAAUUCCUUACCCUAAUGACAAACCGGCAGAAACCGGCCUAAAACACUCUCAAACUAUCUUGAACCUUAUCCAAAUUCGUAACCCUAAUGACAAACCGGCAGAAACCGGCCUAAAACACUCUCAAACUAUCUUGAACCUUAUCCAAAUUCCUUACCCUAAUGACAAACCGGCAGAAACCGGCCUAAAACACUCUCAAACUAUCUUGAACCUUAUCCAAAUUCGUAACCCUAAUGACAAACCGGCAGAAACCGGCCUAAAACACUCUCAAACUAUCUUGAACCUUAUCCAAAUUCCUUACCCUAAUGACAAACCGGCAGAAACCGGCCUAAAACACUCUCAAACUAUCUUGAACCUUAUCCAAAUUCGUAACCCUAAUGACAAACCGGCAGAAACCGGCCUAAAACACUCUCAAACUAUCUUGAACCUUAUCCAAAUUCCUUACCCUAAUGACAAACCGGCAGAAACCGGCCUAAAACACUCUCAAACUAUCUUGAACCUUAUCCAAAUUCGUAACCCUAAUGACAAACCGGCAGAAACCGGCCUAAAACACUCUCAAACUAUCUUGAACCUUAUCCAAAUUCCUUACCCUAAUGACAAACCGGCAGAAACCGGCCUAAAACACUCUCAAACUAUCUUGAACCUUAUCCAAAUUCGUAACCCUAAUGACAAACCGGCAGAAACCGGCCUAAAACACUCUCAAACUAUCUUGAACCUUAUCCAAAUUCCUUACCCUAAUGACAAACCGGCAGAAACCGGCCUAAAACACUCUCAAACUAUCUUGAACCUUAUUCAAAUUCCUUACCCUAAUGACAAACCGGCAGAAACCGGCCUAAAACACUCUCAAACUAUCUUGAACCUUAUCCAAAUUCGUAACCCUAAUGACAAACCGGCAGAAACCGGCCUAAAACACUCUCAAACUAUCUUGAACCUUAUCCAAAUUCGUAACCCUAAUGACAAACCGGCAGAAACCGGCCUAAAACACUCUCAAACUAUCUUGAACCUUAUCCAAAUUCGUAACCCUAAUGACAAACCGGCAGAAACCGGCCUAAAACACUCUCAAACUAUCUUGAACCUUAUCCAAAUUCCUUACCCUAAUGACAAACCGGCAGAAACCGGCCUAAAACACUCUCAAACUAUCUUGAACCUUAUCCAAAUUCGUAACCCUAAUGACAAACCGGCAGAAACCGGCCUAAAACACUCUCAAACUAUCUUGAACCUUAUCCAAAUUCCUUACCCUAAUGACAAACCGGCAGAAACCGGCCUAAAACACUCUCAAACUAUCUUGAACCUUAUCCAAAUUCGUAACCCUAAUGACAAACCGGCAGAAACCGGCCUAAAACACUCUCAAACUAUCUUGAACCUUAUCCAAAUUCCUUACCCUAAUGACAAACCGGCAGAAACCGGCCUAAAACACUCUCAAACUAUCUUGAACCUUAUCCAAAUUCGUAACCCUAAUGACAAACCGGCAGAAACCGGCCUAAAACACUCUCAAACUAUCUUGAACCUUAUCCAAAUUCCUUACCCUAAUGACAAACCGGCAGAAACCGGCCUAAAACACUCUCAAACUAUCUUGAACCUUAUCCAAAUUCGUAACCCUAAUGACAAACCGGCAGAAACCGGCCUAAAACACUCUCAAACUAUCUUGAACCUUAUCCAAAUUCCUUACCCUAAUGACAAACCGGCAGAAACCGGCCUAAAACACUCUCAAACUAUCUUGAACCUUAUCCAAAUUCGUAACCCUAAUGACAAACCGGCAGAAACCGGCCUAAAACACUCUCAAACUAUCUUGAACCUUAUCCAAAUUCCUUACCCUAAUGACAAACCGGCAGAAACCGGCCUAAAACACUCUCAAACUAUCUUGAACCUUAUCCAAAUUCGUAACCCUAAUGACAAACCGGCAGAAACCGGCCUAAAACACUCUCAAACUAUCUUGAACCUUAUCCAAAUUCCUUACCCUAAUGACAAACCGGCAGAAACCGGCCUAAAACACUCUCAAACUAUCUUGAACCUUAUCCAAAUUCGUAACCCUAAUGACAAACCGGCAGAAACCGGCCUAAAACACUCUCAAACUAUCUUGAACCUUAUCCAAAUUCCUUACCCUAAUGACAAACCGGCAGAAACCGGCCUAAAACACUCUCAAACUAUCUUGAACCUUAUCCAAAUUCGUAACCCUAAUGACAAACCGGCAGAAACCGGCCUAAAACACUCUCAAACUAUCUUGAACCUUAUCCAAAUUCGUAACCCUAAUGACAAACCGGCAGAAACCGGCCUAAAACACUCUCAAACUAUCUUGAACCUUAUCCAAAUUCCUUACCCUAAUGACAAACCGGCAGAAACCGGCCUAAAACACUCUCAAACUAUCUUGAACCUUAUCCAAAUUCGUAACCCUAAUGACAAACCGGCCUAA